CACAAAUCUAAUCUUCCUCUUUCUCACUCACGAGUUCCAAAUUUUAAAAAAAAAAAUGGCUGAGCUUGCUACUUCGUACGCUGCAUUGAUCCUCACCGACGACAACGUCGAGAUCACCUCUGACAAGCUCCAGACCCUCUUGAAGGCUGCCAACGUUGAGGUCGAGUCAAUCUGGACUUCCCUCUUCGCCAAGGCUCUCGAAGGCAAGGACGUCGCCGCCAUGUUGUCUAACGUUGGCGCUGCUGGUGCCGCUCCCGCUGCUGGUGGUGCUGCCCCCGCUGCUGGUGGUGCCGCUGCUGCUGAGGAGAAGAAGGAGGAGAAGAAGGAGGAGGCCAAGGAGGAGUCCGACGACGAUAUGGGAUUCGGUCUUUUCGAUUAAACAAUCGCUCUCUAAAAUAUGCAAUAAAAGCAAAACCGGCCUUCUGCCUUUUCCCUCUUCAACAUUUCUUGUAUAUCGUCUGUUAUGCGUGCAGACUUUCUAAGCAAAAUGCAGCUGUAGUUAGUUUGGAAUCUCUGAUAUCUUUUAAGACUGAGUCUACCUUUACUAGCCCUGACCAGCAUUAGGCCAUGUAUUAGACCGUCAAAUGUAAUCCUACAAUAUCCCUUUACUUGAUUGCAGCUCAAAGGUAACGUUGCUUGAUGAAUGUUCAUAGGCCAAUCCUUUGAGCCGAUAUCUUCGAGAAACACUACAAGAAAUGGUGUAUUUUGAAUUAUAAGCAUGAG